GCUAAAGAGGCAGUUAAAGAAGCAGAGAGGUGUGAUCCAAACAGCAUCUUUACUAAAUUCAGUGUCUAUAAGAUUGCAGUGAUGGAGAAAGAUACUGAUAAAGCUGUAGAAGCAGUUAUUGAAAUGGGGAAGCUAACAGAAAAGCUAUCUCAACAUGAAGACAAGCUAAGAGUGGAUGAAAAUACAGGCACUAACCUCCUGAGUUUAGCUGCCCAAAUUGCUUUAGAGAAUGAACAACAAGUUGUGGCUAUCAAAGCUUUGGAGUAUUUGUCUGAACAUUUACAAGACUGCCGACAAUUAUUUGCAGCUUUAAAAUGUUUGGUUCGUCUUACAUUGUCAAAGGUCAUGGCAGAAAAUGAAGAGAAAAGAGAUGAAGAUAUCAACUCAAUGCUGACUUACUUGACCAUGGCUCACAAGAGACUUGCUGAGUCUUUCACAGAAGAGAAAUUUACAGGGGACAUGAGGAUCGUUGAAGCUCACUGGUUUAGAAAAGUUGCUUGGAACUUAGCUGUACAGUUCAGGGGCUGCCCUGAAAAGAUGAGGGAUUUUUUUCUACUGUCUUUCAAGUUGUCCCAGUUUUGUCCCUCUGACAAAGCUGUUCUAAUUGCUCAGAAGACAUGCCUGUUAAUGGCAGCUGCAGUUGAUCUGGAAAUGGGGAGACAAGAAGUAACACCUUCUCAACAGAUGGAGCUUUUAACUCAGGCCCUUCAACAUCUCGAGGCAUGCAAGGAGAUAUGGAAAGUUCUGAAAUUCACAGGAGAUUUUGCUAAAGACCCAACAGACAUGUUGUUGCUGCUUUAUGAAUUUGAGGCAAGAUCCAAACUGAAUGAUCCAACACUCCCCAACCUGAUGGAGUCAGUAUGGGAGCAACCACAAAUAGAGGUCAAGACGCUAGAAAUCAUUGCAUCAUUAGCGAUGGAAUCUCCAGCUCGGUAUCCUGUACUGUGUAAGAAAGCUCUCAAGAGUGCACUAAACCUUUACAGAAAGCAGACUGUCGUUGAUGCUGUGAAAUUUAGCAAAUGCUUACAUAGUUUGAUUGAUCUUUCUUUGCCGACUGGAUUAACAGACUUGGAUGCCUGUGUACUGCAGGAGGUGUGGGACUACUUUGAAGAUGCUCUGAGUGUAGUCAGCAGCACAGAUGCUUACCCAGAGAUAGAGGUCCUUUGGUUGAUGACAAGAGCCUGGAAUACAGGAAUAUUUCAGUAUACCGUUUGUAAAUAUAAGGAAGCUGAGCGGUGGUGUGGGUUAGGAAUGCGUUUCCUCAAUCACUUAGGAUCACUGAAGAAAAGCUAUGAAGGCCAUAUGAUUGGACUUUAUAGCGAGGUUCUGGACAAACUGGACAGAGCAAAAGGGUUUCUUCCAAAUGAAGAAGAAUAA